AUGCCAACAGCCGCCUUAUCACCGGAUCUCAUCAGCUACAACGCCACGCUCAGCGGCUUCGUUCAAAGCAGCCACUGGCAGUUAUCCCUACAACUCUUGGACGAGAUGCAGGAAUCCGAGCUUGCACCUGACGCUGUAAGCUGUAACACGGCGAUCAGCUCUUGCGGCCGAGCCGGGGAGUGGUCGGCUGCCGUGGAACUUCUUGCGGCGAUGCCCCGCUGGAACCUUUGCCCAGACACAAUCAGCUACAGUGCAGCUAUCAGCUCCUGCGAGAAGGGUGGAUGGUGGGAGAGAGCGCUGCAUCUGCUCGACAGCAUGCCCGAAGCCGGCCUGAUUCCCAGCACGGUCAGCUACAAUGCUGCGAUCGCAUGCUGCGGAAAGGCUUCAGAGUGGCACCUUUCGUUGGAACUCCUGCAUGUGAUGACACAUCGUGAGGCGCGUGCUGAUGUGAUCAGCUACAACACAGCCAUCAGCUCUUGUCAGAAAGGCGGACACUGGCAGCUCGCAGUGAAGCUCUUCCACGAAAUCUUCGACGCAAAGCUCCUCCCAAACGUCAUUAGCUGCAAUGCAGCCAUCAGCGCUGCGGAGAAGGGUGGGUCAUGGCAGCUUGCCAUGCAGCUCCUUGAUUCGAUGCCUCAGCAGAAGCUCACUCCAGAUGUCAUCAGCUACAGUGCCGCCAUCAGCUCCUGCGAGAAGGGAGGCCAGUGGCAGCUGGCUAUCAAGUUGUUCGCUUCACUGCUCAACGCAGGGCUGGCUCCGGAUUCCAUCAUCUACAAUGCCACAAUCAGCUCCUGUGAGAAGAGCGGGCAAUGGCAGCAGGCCCUGGCAAUUUUCUCCGCGAUGCCUCAGGCAAAGCUUGCUCCUGAUGCCAUCACAUGCAAUGCUACCAUCAGCGCAUGUGAAAAAGCUGGGCAUUGGCAGUUAUCCACGCAUUUGCUUGCUCUCAUGCCCGAUCUUGAAGUCUACCCGGAUGUGAUCAGCUACAGUGCUGCUAUCAGCUCCUGCGAGAAGCGUGGAAAGUGGCAGCUGGCACUGCAGCUUUUCAGCGACAUGCCACGGGCUGAACUCACACCCAACAUCGUCAGCUACGAUGCAACCCUCAGCGCUUGCGAAAAGGGGGGCGCAUGGGAGAUGGCAUUGGGACUUUUUGCUCAAAUGCCUCUGGCCGGGAUGUCUCCAGACAUCAUCAGCUACAGCGCCACCAUCAGUUCCUGUGAGAAAGGUGGGCAGUGGCACGUGGCCUUGCAGCUCUUUGACGACAUGCACAAAGCGCAGCUGGCUCCCAACCUGUUUAUCUACAAUGCAGCAAUCAGUUCUUGCGAGAAGGCAGGCGAGUGGCAGCUGGGACUGCAGCUUUUCGCGAGUAUUCAAUCCAGCAAACUGAUCCCGGAUGUGGUCAGCUACAAUGCCGCCCUGAGCUCUUGUGAGAGAGGGGCAGAAUGGCAACUCGCCCUGCAGCUCUUCGAUGCGAUGCCGAAGGUUCGCUUGGUAGCCAACCUCAUCGGCUACAAU